UUCUUUACAAAUUAAAGGUUUCGCUUUAGCUUGAAUUCAAUUCUGUAUCUUUAGACGAUGGGUGAAAUAAAAUAUACAUACCAUAUAACCUACUUGAGUACACUGGUAAACAAAGAUCCUUCUCUUUCGCUCGACGUCUCUCCCGCGGUCUCUACACUCUCUACCCCUCCCAUACGAGUAUAAGAUAUACCAGACCUCAAUUGAGUGUAAGAUAGGCUCAAUUUCUGAAUUUCUGCUUCUCUUUUCCAUUGUUCCAAGAUAGGCUCGUACUCACUAAAAGAUUUCAAUUUGAGUUCUUCAAUCACGCAUCGACCCUUGCUUGCUUGAAUUUCUAGGGUUCGGUUUUUCAACAUUUUGUGUGGAGGAAAACUAGGAAGCAAAGGCCCAAAUUUCAUCGAAUCUGAAGAGUCGAUGAGCUGGCGUUUGCUUGUGAGAAAAGAUGCCUUCAUGGUGGGGAAGUCAUUGUCAAAGGAUGCUCAAAAGAAAACAGCCAAAGGGAGUUCUGUUGACACAUUAAAUAAAAAGUUUAGGAGACAUGAAGAAGAAAUUUCUCGAUCAGCAAAUCCUGUUGGCUGUCCGAAACUAUUCUAGGACAAGAAUCCGUCUUCCACCACCUGCUUCUGCCAAGGCUGUAAUCCGGGUGUCUAACAAUGUUGCCCAUUUGGGUUGUCCAAAAGAGGGUCCAAAGCCCCAGCAGCUCCUGUCUUUGCCGCCAUUCCCAGGCCACCCAUUGCCGGGAAGAAAAUCGGCAACUGCUCAUCAUGUCACUGCUAUUAGCUGGCUCAAGUAUUACUUUGAUGACAUCCCCCCUCCUGUUAUUCAGUCCCAUUUCAAUAAGGGUCUUGUUCAGAUGGAAUGUAUCGAUUCAACAAACUCAUCUAGAAGUCACAAAGGCCAACCAUUGUCCAUGAUAAAGAUUAACCAUAAUGAGGUAAUGGAGGUGGGCGCCAGAAUUUAUGUUCCUGUAUCUGUUGCUGAAAGUAGAAUUCCAAAGAGGUUUGAUGUUAUACCAAGUGGAACUCUAUGCCCAAAUGCGGAUGAGAUUGAGUACUUACAGAGGCUUGUAAAGUACAAGGAUUCUGCUAUACUUGUGUUAAAUAAACCUCCUAAACUGCCCAUAAAGGGAAACAUGCCAGUUCAUAACAGCAUGGACGCCUUGGCAGCUGCAGCCUUGUCAUAUGAUUACGAUGAGGGUCCAAAAUUGGUGCAUCGUCUUGAUAGGGAGACUAGUGGUCUCCUUUUAAUGGGAAGAACAGAAGAUAGCAUCUCCCAACUUCAUUGGUUGUUCAGUGGUGUAAAGAAGGGGAAAUCAAUGUCUAAGGGUUGGAAUGAUGCUUGUGCGAAAACAUAUCAGAGGUACUGGGCUUUGGUCAUAGGUUGCCCUGAGGAAAAAGAAGGCUUAAUUUGUGCUCCACUUACAAAGGUACUUCUUGAUGAUGGAAAAACCGAGAGGGUUAUUUUGGGAAAUAAUUAUGGCUUAGAAACUUCCCAGGAAGCUAUAACUGAAUAUCGUGUGCUUGGUCCCAUGAUUAAUGGAUGUUCAUGGAUUGAAUUACGCCCACAUACCUGCCGUAAACAUCAGCUUCGAGUGCAUUGUGCUGAAGCUCUUGGUACCCCUAUCGUGGGUGACUAUAGAUACGGUUGGUUUAUUCAUAAUAGAUGGAAGCAAAUGCCUAGAGUUGAUUUUGAGCCUAAGACUGGGAAACCUUACAAAAUGCGGAGGCCAGAAGGUCUGGAUGUGCAAAAAGGUAGUGUUUUAUCUAAGGUUCCCCUGCUGCAUCUGCAUUGCAGGGAACUGGUAAUACCAAACAUUGCAAAGUUUCUUCAACUUCUCCGCAAUAAAGACACCGAGAAUGAGUCAGGACCAGAUCUUCUCCGGUUCGUGGCAGCUAUGCCAUCACAUAUGAAAAUUAGUUGGAAUCUAAUGUCCUCUUAUUUGGUGUAAAACUGAGCCCUCCAUCUGCAUCCUAUAUUAAUUCAUAAUAGCAGUGGUCCCCUUCCCCCUGCUCUUUGUCAUUCCCCUAUCAUUUAACUGGUAAAAUAUUAAUAAUUAUUAGAGGAAAAACGAAGUUAAUAUUUCGUGUAGUUCUGGUGCCUUUCAAACACCGCUUCUCAUAGUAUAUUUACGUUUUAAAUUACAGCAAAAUAUUAAUGUUGAGAUGGA